UUUAUAUAUUUGUUAUUUUUUUUGUAACACAAAUAAUGUGACCAACCGAUUACUGAAUAACCCAUACAGCCGGCUUUUUUUAGGACAUUUUAUUCUGCCAUAAACAGCUGAUAGCGCCGGCAUGUAAAUAUCGAUAUUGUUCUCGACAUGUUUGACAGUAUUUGUUAACGCCGAAUGAAAUUCCCAAACAUAGUUUACAACACUCGCGGCUAAAAUUGUAAACAAAAGCGGUGGCCGCGCACGUGCUGCAUUUAACUAUUUUUCAAAUUUAAAAUAAUUUAGAACGAGAUGGGUAGCAACUUUGAGCUGUUAAGUGAGCAGGGCUUGCGUCUGGAUGGCCGGCGGCCACACGAGCUGCGGCACAUCAAGUGCAAGCUUGGUGUUUUCGAAAAGCCUGAUGGCAGUGCGUACAUGGAGCAGGGAAAUACCAAGGUUCUGGCCGCGGUUUACGGCCCGCACCAGGCCAAGAGCAAAAAAUCGGAUUCCAACGAUCUGGUGAUCAAUUGUCAGUACAGCCAGGCUACGUUUUCCACUGCGGAACGCAAGAAUAGGCCGCGUGGCGAUCGAAAAUCUCUCGAAUUUAAAAUUUACCUCCAGCAGUCGCUCAGUGCAGCCAUCAAAUCAGAGCUGUAUCCACGCUCCCAGAUCGACGUCUAUGUGGAAGUACUGCAGGCCGACGGAGCCAACUACGCGGUGGCCCUUAACGCGGCCACCCUGGCGCUAAUCGAUGCCGGUAUUUGCCUGAACGAGUUCAUUGUCGCCUGCACUGCUUCCCUGAGCAAGGCAAACAUCCCGCUAACCGACAUCUCGCACAUCGAGGAGGUUUCCGGCGGCCCAAUGCUAACUGUCGCCGCUUUGCCCAAUGCCGAGAAAAUCGCGUUUCUCGAGAUGAGCCAACGAUUUCACAUAGAUCAUCUGGAGACUGUUAUCGAGACGGCAAUGGCCGGGUGUCGAGAAAUCCGUGACAUUCUGGAGGCCGCAGUCAAAGAGCACCUUGUGCACAUGGGUAGUGUGGCUGAUUGGGCGAGAGUGGGUUGAGAAAAAACUGGGGGUUUUUCUCCCCAAUUCUGUUUAUAUCAAUUGUACAAUUUUCUGGAUUAAGUGAUUAAGUAAUUAAAAAAAAGCAAUUAACAC